AGUGCACGCGUGCUGUUGUGAUCACCUGACUCGAGUCCAUGUUUGCUUUCUGCCUCAAAUGUGCAGCCCCGCCGUGUCUCACUCAUGCUGCCGCUCUGCAGUCUUCCAGGCUGAAAACCAGCGGCUGCAGCUCCCGAUCGAGUCGGCCCUGAGCUGCCAGCGUGCAGACAUGGGGAGGCAUUUCCGCAGCGAGGUCGACAUCAAGAGCCCGUGGCAUCAGGUGCUGGCCGCCUUCUGGCAGCGCUACCCGAACCCAUACAGCGCUCACGUCCUCACCGAGGACGUCCUGUACCGCGAGGUCACCCCCAGUAACCACCUGUUGUCACGGCGACUGCUGACCAAGACCAACCGGCUGCCGGGCUGGGCGGAGCGCGUCUUCCCCGCUCACAUGGCCCGGGCCGUCUACGUCCUGGAGGACUCCGUCGUCGACCCGCAGUCCCACACGCUCACCACCAAGACCUGGAACCUGAACCACAACGCGCUGAUGACGGUGGUAGAGCAGUGUUCGUUUGAGGAGGACCGCAGUCGGCCAUCUUGGACCAAACUGAGGAGGGAGGCCUGGAUCCUUUCGGCUGUCUACGGCCUGGCCCGGCCCAUACAGGAGUUCGGCCUCGCCCGGUUUAAAAGUAACCAAGCCAAAGCCGUGAAGGGGCUGGAGUACGCUCUGUCCAAGAUACAGACGGAGGCCCCUCCUCAUCUCCAUGGCGACCAGGGAGAGUCGUCAGAGAAGCACAAGCCCCUCCCACCGCAAGCCACGCCCACCUCCACCCAGAAGCCCAAGCAGUUCGUCUGAGCGUCCUCUGACUGGCAUCCAUCGGAUCGGGGUAGUCCUCGCGGAGGGGGCGGGGCUUCAAGUCAACCUCAGCCGUGAUUGGCCGCUUUGUGAAGUCCUCAGAGAUCAAGUGCGGCUUUUAAACGUUAGUUGGUCGUCGUCUUCUGAACUCCAGUCAUUCCCGGGAUUCAAGCCGUCGCAGCAAAAGUUCCUUUCGCGUGAUUCAUUUAGGUUUUGUUACUUAAGAAAAGGUCAAAGAAAUCUUAAAUUUAGAUUUUAAAUGAGAAGUUUUUCUUCUUCUUCAGGAUUAAAGUUUUAAGUUUUUCUGACAUUUUUAAGCCUCGAAGGCCACGGCGAGAAUUUCUUCGACGACUACUUUUCCUCUCCUGUUCCUUCCUUUCAGCUUUGUUAACGGACUCCUCACCUUUACGAUGCAAAGUCAUCAGGUAGAAGAUGAUCACACUUGUGUUUGUAUAAACGAACGUCACUUCUACCAAAACCUGUUGCAGCAUUUCAGUCGCCGUCUGUUGCUUCUCCUGACUCCAACAAACACAAACACAGCACGUUAGCUUUAUUAAUGUAGAUUCAGCUGCACGUUAGCUCCUCUUCCUCAGUGAACCCCCUCUGUUUCACGAUGAAGAUUGGAUAAUGCCUGCCUGCCGAGCAGAAGCACUUACUGAGUCCAAAGCGAAGCUCGCCGACUGAACCGUUGCGAAACAGACGUUUAGGCUCUGAAACGCAAACAGAUUCUCGCCGUGACCUUUAGCGGCUCCGUAAAGCUGUUUUCAGUUCCUCAUUUUUAUAUAUUUUUUUUUUUUUACUUUUUUAAAAAAUUAUUUUAUUUUAUAACAUUUUGCAGACGUUUCGUUGGAGGGACGUCUCGCCCGCUGAAUGAGUUUCGUCGGUUGCGUCAGAUCAGCUGAGUGAGAUUCUUGUACGGUUUCAUUCUCCGAACACUUCCUGCUGUUUUCCCUGCGUCGUCGCCCUCUGCUGGUCAAGCUCCCCCGGAAGUAAACUUGAAAGUUAUAAUCCUUAAGACCUGGUUGACCUGGCGACGCGGUUACCGUGGUAACACCAAGUGCGGUUUAAUACGGCGUCACGCAGCGGUCGAGCAGCUUGAUCGUUACGAUCCCUGGCGCUGCGUUGGGAUGGAGAGAUGUUGUAUCAAACGCAGGUGAAGCUGAUCGCAGGCGGCAGGUGUCAAGACGCGACACAUUCCCACUUCCUGUGCAGACAGGAAGUUAAAAGGCAGAAUAAAGGCGUCGGAGCUCGGCCCUUGUUGCUAGGAUGCAUAAACAAAACACCUUUAAAAGGAGUCCGCCAUGUGAAACACGAGUCGCUUCGCUGCUGCUUUAACUAACCUCACCUGUGCAGGUAACAGCGGAGGGGAAAGUAUGUGGUGGUUUCCACUGGGGAUUCUCAGGGAACACAACCUGAAGGGGGCGCUGGAGAGCUUACUGCUCAUAUUCACCUGUAGAGACUCACGUUCUUUCAAACAGCAACCAGCAGAGGGCGACGUCAUACGAACCAAACCUGAACCAGGUAGCGGAGGGUGGAGUCUGGACCGGCUUCACGGUCGGCGGUGACUUACAGAUUCAUGUGUGGCGUGUUUUCAGGUUCCCUCUCCGGUCUGGAAAGUCCUUUAAAAUGACUCUCCCUGCGAGGGGUCGCGGUCCUGUCGGAUACUGAGAGUCAAAACUUUGUGAAACUGAAUCCAGCGUGUCGGGUCUCAACAAAUCCAGACCGACAGCUGCUGCGUUCCCUGUAAUGCUUCUUCACAGGUAUGCUAACAGCUCUUCAAUUAACCAGUUAAUUAAGCCGGAUGAACCGACGGCGUUCAGUUUACGCAGACUUAAAUUAUGGAGGAUAUUUUUUUUACCCAGAAUUUAAAAAAACACAGAAAAUAAACUAAUAUUUUAGCACUCAGGAUGAAACUGUCGUUUAACAAUUUCCCCCGUUUUACAUUUAAUUAUGGCCCGAUUAUCCAGAUCCAUACAGAAUUCAGCUGAUCAGUUUCAUCUUGUGGAUCAUUUCUGACCACGUGUACCAACAAUAAUAAAUAAUAAUAAUAAUAAUAAUAAUAAUACCGCUGGCGUAAUCGCAAGUAAACCAGAUCAGACACAAACUUUUUACACUCGUCUUUAAUUCUGUGACAGCAGUUUAGUUCGUCAUUCCUCUCUUUACAGCUUAUGCAUAAAACACAGGAACGAAAUAUAGUAGUGCAGUACAUAAGGACAUGAAGACAGAUGAAGACGAGCACAGAAUCGGGGCAGCAGACUUCAUAAUGUGAGCACGACUUCAUUCUUUCUAAAGCAUUUUCGUUCAGACAUUUAACAGCGACUGAUGUUUCCAGGAGCAAACGCAGGAAAGACGUGACCCAGAAGGGUGCGAGGACGUCAAUAAGACAAAAACACUGAACAGAAACACAUUACCUCCUGUACACGUAACUCCGACGGCACUCACACACGUUCACGUUCUUUAACUUUGGUUACCUGAAGGUUGUUUUUGUCUCCUUGAGUUAUUAUCAACCUACAAAUGUCGCUGUAUCCGCAUCAAAAGCUGCAGAUUCUUGGUUUCUUCUGUUAAUUGUACAGCAUUUUAUUCAACACUGAUGUUUCUGUACUUUGUUAAAAAGGAAUAAAAAACAAGUCUGAAAGUAUAAAUAUAAAA